AGGGGCCGGCUCGCCCGGCGGGGAGCAGCCCCGGCGGGACGGGACCGGACGCUCUCCUCCUCCUCCUCCUCCUCCUCGUCCUGGUCCUCUUUCUCCUCCUCUUUCUCCCCCCGCGGCAAGGGGACAGCGCCCAGCCCGGCAGGGGCGGGGCCGGGCCAGGCGGGAGCGGCUGCGGCGGUUGUCGGGAGCGGCUGUCAGGGAGCGGGCGGCGUGUGCGGGGCGGGCAGCCAUGCAGCGUUGGAGGCUCCUUCCCGCGGUGGUGCUCCUCGCCGUCCUGGUCCCUGCCAGAGGCAAUGUUGACGACUUCAGCUUAGAAGAUGCACUUGCUACAAAUGAGCCUGUUCCAUCUCAGAAGCCAGCAUCAUCGGAUUCUGAUGACCCCAAGCCAGGUCCACCUGCAAAACCCAGAGACACUGAUAACCCCAAGCCAGGUCCACCUGCGCAACCUAAAGACACUGGCAACCUUGAUGAUUCGGAUCUAUUAGAUGGCAGUUUACCAAAAGGAGGAGGCGGUGGUAGUGGCAGCAAUGAACGAAAGGGCCCAAGUCCAAAUAAUAAUGAAGACACUGAGGCUUCUCAGGGAGCAAUAGCUGGAAUUGUAAGUGCUGUGGUUGCUACUGUAAUUGGAGCAGUAUCUAGUUUCAUUGCUUACCAGAAGAAGAAACUCUGUUUCAAACAAAGCGCAGAUGAAGAGAAUGUGAAUAUGGACAGCCAUCGGGGAGCACAAUCUGAGCCACCUGUUCAGCGCACACUUCUGGAGAACUAAAUUGAAGACAACGUGAUGAAGAACUGGCUAUUGAAACUGAAUAGAGAACGUGCAUUCUGCCUGAAAAAAAUAAAGGAAACAAAAAAGCAUAAUAAAAAAGCAGAGUCUGAAGUUGCAUGAGAAAACAGUUGCUGUAUGAAACACCUCUGGCAGUGUGACUUAGACCUGAGUACUCCUGUAUGGUUAGCCCUGUGAAGCAUUGUUGCACACCAAGAUGUGGCCUUAAUGACAGGAGUGUAGAAGUAUGUCGUGCCUUUACAUUCUUUCCUGUACUCCUGUGACAAAUGGGUGUGUCUCAAGUGCAUUCAGUAUGUUUGACUUUUCCUUACCUCUCCAAAAGCAAUAAGCGAUUAAUGUUUUGUUACAUCAUUGCUUUCAGGCAGUGCAAUCAUUGUUUUAAUAUCCUGUAUGCAGUGAGCUUACCAACCAACCAACUUGCUAUACGGUGUGGGCACCUGAAAGCACAUGGCUCACUGUGUGUGUGGGGGGUGCUGCUGAUACAAUCUGCGUAGCUGCCUGGGUCAGCCACCAGGGAAGAGAUACUUGUUCUUGCGCAUCCAAGAGACAAAAAUUCGGAGUUAUGUUUUUGCAUAUUUUUUUUGUUGCAUCUGUCUGGUACAGAUUCAGAACACCCAAACUAGUGCACACAGACCCUUCAUCCUUUCUGGCUUUUUCUGCUUAACAAGUGCUGAGCUGGUCAGAUGUGGAAAAGCCUGAUUAGCAAAUCAGAACCGUAACCGGAUUUUGUACAUCUGAUGUGAUUGAUAUUUGGCAGGUGUCUGAACAGUUGUGGAUGAAAUAGUGGGGAGUGGGGAUUAACAUCUUCAGACUUCCAUAAGCGAAAACUUCACAGAAAAUAAUGUGAUACUUUGAAUUUGGAAGGCUUAUCAUACGCAUUUAAAAGGCAGAAACAGUACUACAAUUCAAAAGUACGUAACAGCAAGACUGAUGAGAACAAGCCAGCCUCACUCCACAAGCAUCCAUUGAACAGUAUAAAUAACGUAUGUGUGAAGAAUGCUUUUCGACUUGUGAAGGAUUGCCAUCAGGAUGAGGGCCCAUGAUUGCAUCCUCAACUGAAAGCACUUGUCAGCUUUGCUGUGGCUCUUGAAAGCCACAGGAAGGUUUCAAGGAUCUGUGGAAACAUGGAAAACUGUGCAACUCAUAACUCAUAAGUUAAAGGACUAAGUCUGGAAUAAUAACUAGUUCUGUCUGGAAGGGAUAGUCUGACCAGUCCUGUUGGCUUUCAUUCUAAUUGUUUCCAAUUUACAUGCAAUUUUACAGUCUGUCUUACUAAUGUGCUUCAGCCACCUGGCAAAGUUCUACCGAAAGAUGACAUUUCAUGGAACGUCUUAGAAGUCAUUAUGAAUCUGGAUAUUAAACAUGUAAAUAUAUCUGUGCAUUCAGAUAUGAAUGUAUGCCAAGGAUAAUUCAUUUAAGAAUUUCUUGUACAUGUUUCUUAGCUUGCAACAAAGCUUUACAUAGAUUUUAGUAUUUUGUUAUGGAAUUAAUUUGUAAACCUCUUUUUGCCCCACUUCGGCUUUUAGUAUAAAAGUACUAAAACCUCUAAGUGUGUUUGAGGGUGGAAAAUUGAUUUUUAUACAAACAUUUGAUCUAUGUAAAUGCACAGAAAUGAAAUGUACUGCUUACCGGCUUGAAUAAACAGGUAUCUCAUAUCAAUGCCAAGUGUAGAGAAAACAGAAAUAAGCCAGUGUUUGUAACGGAUAGAAUGGCAGGGGAAGCUCAAACGAGCUAACCAGACUCUUGAAUCCUUCUUCAGCUUUUGCAAGCCUAAAAAUUACUUAUUGAAACCUCCUACCAACAUUGUGAUUUUUCUAGAAAUAAAUAAAAAAAAAAAAAAAGGAAA